AACAACUCUGCUUCAGAGACCAAUGAACUCCCCCAUAGUGCCACCUCACCUUCGGAUCGGGUCUUCUCAAUGCCUCUGCCAAGGAAGGCCCCUCUUAGUACUCCUGGCACCCCGAUUCUUGAAGACUUUCCACAGAAUGAUGAUGAAAAGGAGCGACUGCAACGGAGGCGCUCCAGGGUCCUUGACCUGCAGUUCAGCACAGACUCACCUCAUUUGUUAACCUCUCCCUCUAGUAGGAGUAUUGAUAGUUCAGCUACAAUCUCUAAAUUUACAAACACACAGAUCACAGAGCAUUACUCCACCUGUAUAAAAUUAUCUGCAGAAAAUAAAAUCACUACCAAGAAUGCUUUUGGCUUGCACUUGAUUGAUUUUAUGUCAGAGAUUCUUAAAGAGAAAGACACUGAACUGACCAACUUUAAAGUAGCUGCUGGCACACUGGAUGCCAGCACCAAGAUUUACGCAGUGCGUGUGGAUGCUGUUCAUGCCGAUGUGUACAGAGUCCUUGGCGGAUUAGGCAAAGAUGCUCCUGAAGAAAUGGAGAGCUCUGGUACAGGUGGAAGUGUUACUGAAAUGGGAACAGCCAAAAAAGCACCAAAGCCAAAAAAGAAACACUUAUACAAAACCAUCGAGCAGAAUGUUAACAACCUCAAUACCCCUGAAGCAGAUCGAAAAUGUGAGAUUGACCCCAUGUUUCAGAGGACUGCAGCCUCAUUUGAUGAGUGCAGCACAACAGGGGUGUUUCUCUCUACCCUCCACUGCCACGACUAUCGAAGUGAGCUCCUUUUUCCUUCCGACGUGCAGAUGCUCCCCACUGGAGAAGCUCUUGAGCUGCCUGAUUUAGGUUGGGUGGAAAUGGCAGAUUUAAAAGCCCCCUUACAGCAGUGUGUGGAAAGUCGCCAGAUCUGCCCCUCCCUGGACGGAUUCCAGUUUACAAAGUGGGACAGUGAGACACAUAAUGAGUCUGUGUCAGCCCUGGUAGACAAGUUUAAGAAGAAUGACCAGGUAUUUGAUGUCAACGCUGAGGUGGAGGAGAGUGACUGCGGGGACUUCCUUGACGGGCCCCUGGAGGACGACUUUGAUGCCCACGAUGAACCCGACCACACCACAGUUGGGAAUCACGACGAGUUCAGAAGCUGGCAGGAGCCCUGCCAGGUUCAGAGCUGCCAGGAAGACGAUAUCAUUCCCCUUGGGGAUGGAGACAUUAGGACUAUGUGCCCCCUUCUAUCCAUGAAGCCUGGAGAAUAUUCCUAUUUCAGUCCUCGCACCAUGUCGAUGUGGGCUGGCCCAGAUCAUUGGCACUUCAGACCUCGACACAAAAAAGAUGCUUCCUUGCAGUCAGAGAACAAAAAAAAAAGUACAAAGAAAGAUUUUGAAAUCGACUUUGAACAAGAUGUUAACUUUGAUGUAAAUUUUCGGAAAACAAAGGCUGCUACCAUUCUGACCAAGUCCACUUUGGAGAAUCAGAACUGGAGAGCCACCACUCUUCCUACAGAUUUCCACUAUGAGGUCAAUAAUCUCGUCCAGCUGCAUCUCAAGCCAGGUAUCAAGUUACUUAAGAUGGCCCAGGCCCAGAAGACAGGAACUGAGCAAUAUGAAGAAAUUGAAGACUAUGAUUACAACAACCUUAACGACACCUCCAAUUUUUGUCCUGGGUUACAGGCUGCUGACAGUGAUUAUGAAGAGUCAGAUGACUUAUUUGUGGGACCAGCUGGGGCCUUUGACCUUACACCUUAUCCUUGCCAUUCACCAAAGUCAAAGCAAGAGAACAAUGAUGCUCCUGAAUCCCAAGGAUUAGAAAUUACAACCUACAGGGAGUCAAAUCUGGUAGCUGAGCCUCAGAAGGUAAAUAAGAUUGAAAUUCAGUAUGCCAAAACUGCCAAAAAGAUGGACAUGAAGAAGUUGAAGCAGAGCAUGUGGGGUUUAUUAACAAAAUUCUCAAAGAAGCAAGCUGAUGCAGAGGCAAACCACAGUGAAGUGGAAAAAAGGGAGGACCUGCUGGAGGUGGCUGAUGAGAAACUGUUCAGUGGACUCACAAAGGACCUAAAGACGAGCCUGCCUCCCCUCAUGGCUCAGAAUCUCUCCAUACCACUGGCUUUUGCCUGUCUGUUACAUUUAGCCAAUGAAAAGAAUCUAAAGCUGGAAGGAACAGAGGAUCUUUCUGAUGUUCUUGUGAGGCAAGGGGAUUGA